AUGAGAACAAUUACAAAAAGUGGACGGUGGUUGGCUCCGGCAACGACUCAAGGUUUCCACAUUCACUGGUUGAUCGCAAUGGAAGAUCAAUGUUCUUUGGAUAGCCCUAGAAGGACUCUAAGUUAUUCUAGAAACAGGGGAACAACUUUCUCUGUUUUUGAAGCAGACAACAAAAGGGCUUCAGGUGUUGGUGUUUCAGGAGACCAUGAUUCUGAAGUUUAUGGGUUUGUAGGAGCCAUUUCAACUGUUGUUGCCACAAUUAUUUUCAUGGUGUGGGCAUAUGUUGCUGAUCCUUGGUUACAUUCCAUUGGUAUCUUUUACUAUCCUAGCAAGUACUGGGCAUUGGCACUUGCUGCUUAUGCCAUGGUGAUCAUUGCAACAAUCUUCACAUUCUACAUUGGCCUCAACUUUAUGGCAACUCCAUCUCCAUCAUCAUUCAAGUCAAUAUUUGAUGAAAACAGCAGAGAACCUGUGUGUUGUGAUUCUGUGGUGGAGGAAGAUGAUCGACCCAUUGAGCCUUACUCUGAUAUGGGAAUUGAUCAGAUUAAUGAACUCAUGUGUUUUGGGAGAUUAGGUGUGAAGCCUCUUAAAGGAUGUUAA